AUGCUACUGAUGCUGCUGCUGGCCAGGCUGGUGGAGGCUGGGGCCCCUGAGCAGGCUGUGUUGCCUGCCUGCGUAGCGCGUUGUGGCGCCGCCUUGGAGUGGUGGUGGCGGCCCCCCGUGGCUCUCCUGCAGGCUGCCACCCACUGUGCCACCCCGCCCUGCACCUCAUGCAGAUGGCGCUGCAGGCUGGCUCAGGUUAAUGCUGCUGUGCUCCGCUACAGGUUGUCCCUCCUGCUGCAGGCCGGCUGUGCUUCCAUCCCGUGCAUGGCCUGCUGGUGUUUGCACAGGGUAUUUCCUGGCCUACUACAGGCUGGCUGUCUGCCCACCUCAUGGGCUGCUGCAGGCGUGCAGUGCCCACCUCAUGGCUGCUGCAGGCGUGCAGUGCCCACCUCAUGGCUGCUGCAGGCGUGCAGUGCCCACCUCAUGGCUGCUGCAGGCGUGCAGUGCCCACCUCAUGGCUGCUGCAGGCGUGCAGGGCCCACCUCAUGGCUGCUGCAGGCGUGCAGUGCCCACCUCAUGGCUGCUGCAGGCGUGCAGUGCCCACCUCAUGGCUGCUGCAGGCGUGCAGUGCCCACCUCAUGGCUGCUGCAGGCGUGCAGGGCCCACCUCAUGGCUGCUGCAGGCGUGCAGUGCCCACCUCAUGGCUGCUGCAGGCGUGCAGUGCCCACCUCAUGGCUGCUGCAGGCGUGCAGUGCCCACCUCAUGGCUGCUGCAGGCGUGCAGGGCCCACCUCAUGGCUGCUGCAGGCGUGCAGGGCCCACCUCAUGGCUGCUGCAAGCUGUCCUUGUCCAUUCCUAUAAUCUGGUCCUCGCUGGCCCUCCUCCCACCCAGUGGUCUGUCACAGGCUGGCCAUGCUCCCUUCAUACAGGCUGCUGCUCCAGGCUUGCUCUGUCACACUCCCGCGCCCUGCUGCAGGCUGGCACCUUUGGGCUAAACUGGACGUGUUUAUGUUGCUAA